AGUCUGGCUGGGGGGCGGAGUCUGGCUGAGGAGGGGGGGCGGGGCCGGACGGGUCAAUGAUGGCGGACGUGGAAAUGAUGGCGGGAACGGAGGCGAAUAAACAGCGAUCGAUGGACGAGUUGAGCAACCCCGACGGCUCUGGCGACGAGAGCGACGACGGCGUGAGCACGGGAAGCGGAGCGAACCCCGACCGGCCGGACACUCCGACCAACACGGCGUUCGCGCCCGGGCGCAAGAGCUGGUGCAAGGGCAAGUGGAGAGCGAAGAAGUGCAAGUUCGCCUUCAAGUGCGUCAACUCGCUCAAGGAGGACCAUGGGCAGCCUCUGUUUGGGGUUCAGUUCAACUGGCACAGCAAGGAAGGAGAUCCUCUGGUGUUUGCCACUGUGGGGAGUAACAGGGUCACGCUGUACGAAUGCCACUCACAGGGUGAGGUUAGGCUCAUGCAGUCGUACGUUGACGUAGAGGCGGACGAGAACUUCUACACGUGCGCGUGGACGUACGACCGCAACACGAGCCACCCCCUGCUGGGCAUCGCCGGAUCUCGCGGCAUCAUCCGCAUCAUCAACCCCAUCACCAUGCAGUGCGUGAAGCACUACGUGGGCCACGGGAACGCAAUCAACGAAUUGAAAUUCCACCCCAGGGACCCCAACUUGCUCCUCUCGGUCAGCAAAGACCACGCUCUGCGGCUGUGGAACAUUCAGACGGACACGAUGGUGGCCGUGUUCGGCGGCGUGGAAGGACAUCGCGACGAAGUCCUCAGCGCCGACUUUGACCUCUACGGAGAUAAAAUCAUGUCGUGUGGCAUGGACCAUUCUCUGAAGCUGUGGCGUCUGGAUUCGGAGAGGAUGCAGAGGGCGAUACGCGGCUCCUAUGAAUACAACCCCAACAAGACCAACAGGCCAUUCCCGUCGCAGAAGGUUCACUACCCCGACUUCUCCACGCGGGACAUCCACCGCAACUACGUGGACUGCGUGCGCUGGCUGGGUGACCUCAUCCUCUCCAAGUCGUGCGAGAACGCCAUCGUGUGCUGGAAGCCGGGCAAGAUGGAGGAGGACGUGGACAAGAUUCGUGUCAACGACUCCAACGUCACCAUCCUGGGGCGCUUCGACUACACGCAGUGCGACAUCUGGUACAUGCGCUUCGCCAUGGACUUCUGGCAGAAGAUGCUGGCACUCGGCAAUCAGGUGGGCAAGCUCUUUGUGUGGGACCUGGAGGUAGAAGACCCUCACAAGGCGAAGUGCUCCACGCUGGCUCACCCCAAGUGCAUCUCGGCAAUAAGGCAGACGAGUUUCAGCCGAGACAGCUCCGUGCUGAUCGCGGUGUGCGACGACGCCUCCAUCUGGCGCUGGGACCGUCUACGGUGAAAACCGCACGCCGGACGCUGUGACACCACCCCACACCCUCAUUUCCCUUUUCCCAAACUGCACCCUCUCGGCCCCCCCCCCCCCCCCCCCGAGUUCCCCCCCCCCAGCCCCCCCUGAGUACAAAUCGUGCCACGCCUUCUUAACAGAAGACGCAACCCAUAAAGAAAUAUAAACCCUACACGUGUACCCUGGUCGAGGCGGUGAAUUUACGCCUCGCUCCGAGAGCCAAUCGUCGCACCUCCCUGUUCUGUGGCGUUGCCAAAAGACACCGCUGUCGUGAAGAGACACCGCUGUUGUGAAGACACCGCUGUCGUGAGACACCGCUGUCGUGAAGACGCCGCUGUCGUGAAGACGCCGCUGUCGUGAAGACGCCGCUGUCGUGAAGACACCGCUGUCGUGAAGACACCGCUGUCGUGAGACACCGCUGUCGUGAAGACGCCGCUGUCGUGAAGACGCCGCUGUCGUGAAGACGCCGCUGUCGUGAAGACGCCGCUGUCGUGAAGACGCCGCUGUCGUGAAGACGCCGCUGUCGUGAAGACGCCGCUGUCGUGAAGACGCCGCUGUCGUGAAGACACCGCUGUCGUGAAGACACCGCUGUCGUGAAGACACCGCUGUCGUGAAGACACCGCUCACGCACUGCGCGCCUCUCAUGUAAAAAUAGCCGGGCAACCGCAUAAACGGGAUUAUCCCAUGCACCGAAUAGAAUUAACUUAAACUCGUCGGAACGUCGCCAGGCCAAUGCGCUCAUCUCCUUCACGAAUGGAGAGUUAAAGACACAAGCCCCAGGAGUGUCACCGGCCAUGCAACCCAAACUAAUGGACCGUUACAGUAAACCCACUGUAGUGCACUCCUUCAAUGGAGACAGAAGAGCAAAAUGACAACUCUCUCUCUCUUCUCUGAUGAAGCCCUCUCGUCGUGGCCUGCAGGCCUUGACAUUGGCUUUCGAGUUCCUGAACAUAGUGCUGCACGCAAGGAUAGAAUGUCGUAUAACGAUUUAGCUCAUUGCAAGUGAGAGGGAAAGCGAGCAACGUUAACUGAACUGUUGUUUACGUCACAACGCUUGUUCAUAAACAAACACGUCACCGAAAUGACGUCACUUCAGUGACCUCAUCUCCUGUGAUGUCAUACUUAUUUUUUUUAUCUUUCUCAAAAUGUUGUGUCUGGGCCCGAUUUUCAGAUUAAUUUUUAUUCGGAAAAAUCUGGAACAUCCCCACCAUCCGUCUACUCACAGACCAACGUGCCCACCAAACCACCUAUCCAGUGACUUACCCCGUGUAUCUCUCCUCCCCCGUUCACCACCGUGGAAAUCUGCCACAUGCUGCCCCAACCCGGCUCUGUGCCAUGAGAGAAAACUUCCAGAGUCAAAUGUCGCCAGAGCGGUUACACCCUAAUGUUCCGACUUCUUACAUUUACCAACCUCGCCAAGUAUUUCUGAUUGUCCUCGUACCAUUUUAUUUUAUAUAUUCCGGUUUAAUUUAUGAUUUUUUAUUUGCCUUGAAGCCAAAUAUUGCCUUAAAGGAAGUGCAACAAAAUAAAGUAACUCUUACGCUGUCGGUCUUGUCGAGCGUUAAUCGGUGUUUUCAUUUCGCUGACAGCUUAACGUCCUUGUAAUUAUUACUAGAAACUGGGAGCAUCUCCAACGUUAAUAACGAUGGGUUUUUUUUUACACAAUACUAGGUAAUCGACUUUUGUAUGCAUGUGAAAGCAUUUUUGUCACUCCACUGCCGGAUGAAGGCCUCCCACACGCCGCGCGGGUCGUGAGGGUUAUUUGACCGUCACGCCGGCCGGUGCGGGUUGGUGAUGCCGGAGACCAUAGCCCGCUGGAGCGGAGUGCAGUACAACAGUGGAUGUUUCUGUACGGCCCUCUGCUGACAGUGUAGCUCCGUAGCAGCCUUCAACACCUUGUUUUGCACACGGCUGCUUUGCAUACAACUGGUGUGCAGGCUCCGCCUUGCUUAGCUUUCAAGAUUCCGUGCAAGCGACGCCCGUGGUUAGCGAUGGGUCGGAUUCCACGAAUUUGGAGUGGGCACCGCUGCCGCUUGGAGCCCACCGCCACCCACGUGGAACGCCGAGCGUAGGAACGGGCCUCUCUUAAAAGCGUGGAAUCUGCUUCCUGCCGUUUGAAAAAGAUGGGAAGAAGCCGGUUGGCUUGUUUUUUUUCUUUUCACAUUAAUGUCCAUCGUCCGACCAAAUAUUGCAGGAAGUGAUGAACGAAAUCCCCGUUCCUCCUACCAUUACCACCAACCUUUCCCAGCCGGUUUAGUAAUUUUGCAGUCUCGGUCUUCGAGAUAACUCGUGUUGCUAAACUGUAUAAAUAUUCCUCACUUUCAAGGCUGCAACGGGUUUUUAUAAACGUGUUUUAAAUUCUUAACGAUGCAAAGUGUUGUGCGUGUGUGCGCGCGUGCGUUUGUGUGGGGAGCGGUAGCGUAGUGGUGAGCGCACUGCAAUACGAACCUGGCGUCCCGAGUUCGAUUCCCGCUCGCGACCAACACCAGUGACAAUGAUCUGAACCGGUCCUGGGCCUCCCCUAGGUCGACUCAGCCUCAAUUGAGUAGCUAGUGCAGUGUAAACAUUGCCACUAGGGAGACAAAGGCGGCCGGGCGUGGUGCUGGCCACCCACCCCCUUCGUGUGCCGUUCCGGCCUUCACAAGUGCUCGCUUACAGCACUCGCCCCAACAGCCUUAAAGGCUAUACGGGGAUCUUUGUCUUUGUGUGGUGCUUUAACGCGGCUUAGAAAGGCUGGCUUAUGAAGAAUGUCUUGAUAUUUGUCUGGCUGUCGAAACGAUUGUUUUUAAGAGAAUGACGGAAGAAAGGACUUUGUGUGGGUGGUCGUUUUCCAUAUUUCUAUAAAAUAAAUUGUCCAAAAAAAAUCCAAACAUUUCUCCAGCUCACACCUCAUAAUGAAUUUCGACUCGAGACUUUGAUGCCCGUUUACACGUCAGAGACAGUCAAAACAAUAACUAACUUUCAAAUUAACCACAAAGCAGACUGUGUGUUUUGGGCCAUCCAUGACAGCCCAACGAGGUUUUUUUUCAUCAAAGUCCCUUGCGUACAUUUGAGUGUCCUUAAUUUCACAAAAGGUUGUUGUUUUUUAAAUCGUACAUUGUAAAUAUGUCACGUCAUGAAAGUUGAAACUCGCUUUCGUGUGAAAUCUCAGUGUAAUCCUUAAUGCAGAGCCACUUACGAUGCAUCAAAAGGGGUCUUAAGUGGAAAUAUUUUAAUUCAGAGAUGCUAGCGAUUGCCUCAAACAAAAAAAGAAAUGUGUUAAUGAAAAUGUCUGAAGUUGAGUUGAAAAAAAUUGAGAUGAUUAGGACUUCUCAGAACAAGUUACGCUGUUGUUUGUAAUGUGUUUUUCAUAAGUAUCGAUGUUAUUUUGUACAUAAAAAUAAAGCCAUGCUGUGGUUA